AUGUCUCACGUCGUCGGAAAGCUAUUCGGAUUCCACUUUGCUCAGGCCAACGUCCCGCAACUCGUCGGCAAGCGCUUCAUCGUAACCGGCGGCACGAACGGCAUCGGCUUGUCCGCCGCUCGCACGCUCUACUCUCACGGCGCAGAAGUUGUGAUCCUCGGCUCGCAGGAGGGAACCGCUGAUGCGGCUGAGGAGUACAUCAAGACAGGUGACUUGAAGCGUGCGCCGAAGGACUACCAGGACGGAUUCGCGGGCAUCGUCGGAGACUACACGGACAACUCUGCGGACGGAGGAAACCAGAGUGGGGAGGUCUCGUCGCGCGUCGUCGACUUCAAGGACCUCAAGGCCGUCUCCAACGUCGGCAAGGAACUCGCCGAGAAGUACGACAGGCUCGACGGGUUCCUCGGCAUCGCCGGACUCGGCGUCAACAAGUUCACCUUGACCGCCGACGGCUACGACGCCCACUUGACCGUCAACUGCCUUUCCCACAUCCUCCUCCUCUCCUAUCUCCUCCCCAACCUUGAGAAGACGUCACGCGCUCACCCCGACGCCGACGUCCGCAUCGUGCUCAUGUCCUCCGAACUCCACCGCAACACCUUUGGCGGACCGAGCGAGAACUGGGGCGGCAACAAGUUCCGCGACGCCGGCGAAUUUGCCAAGGACGUCGGACCGGCGAACCUGUAUGCGCGCUCGAAGGUCGGGCAGACUCUGAUCGCCAAAGCCCUCGUCCAGCGCUACCUCCAGCCUCCUUCGAAGAUCCUCGCUUACUCGACCCAUCCGGGAGCCGUCGCAACGGGCCAGACUCGUCAGUACAACGAGGCGUACGGCGACGCUGUCGGUGGCGCAAUCCAGGCUGCAGUCCGGCCGCUCAUGCGCGCGCCUGACGAGGGAGCUCUUUCCGUCCUUUGGGCUGCGACGUCGGCUGAGGCGCGCACUGGCGGCUACAAGAACGGAGAAUACUUUACCGACCCCGCGCAGGAGGGCAAGCCUUCCAGCGAGGCGACCGAUCAGGAGCUCAUCGACAACUUCUUCAACACCGGUGUCGAGGUCAUCAAGAAGGUGGUCGGCCAGGAGGGCGUCGGCCACUUCUCGGCGUGA